AUGCAGCAUAUUAUUCAAGCCAGUCCAUUAAUGGACAAAAUAAAACAAUUUCAACAGACAUUAUCAUUCAGAAUACAACUUACCACUUCACAAAAGGUGAUUUUGUGGAGUAUUGGGGUAGUUGGUACAAGUGCAGUUGUGGUAGGGGUAUUAUCAAGAUAUUUAGCUCGGAAGAGAGCCAAACCAAUCUUCAAUCCCAGAAUCCAAAGGGCUAUUAACAAAAGAUUAUCAAGGAUGCGAAGUCCUAAUGGAGGUAUGGGGUCAGUCGCUAGCAGUGGUGGCAGAAGUAGCCCAUUAGGCUUCAGUGAGCGGUUGUCCAUGGCUUCAGGUUCAAUUGGUUCUGGAGGGGGCGAUGCUGCCCCAUUAUCUCCUCAGCAGCUUGGUGUUAUGGGUGAGUUUAGUAUUAAUAUUUGA